CUCGGGUAGAACCGAGUCCACGGCGUCGCUCGCACCGACGCGGGUCACCCCGACGCGAGGGCGAAUCCUUCGCUUUUCCUUCGGGUUUUAAAGGGUUUACGCGCGUGUUCCGAGCGAAGAUGCCGCCGCUCCUCGACGGCUCCGCGCUUCGCAGGUCGCUCGUUCAAACUCCGUCGGAGCGAGUCAUGCGGAAGCUCUCCAGCACCUCCCCGUGCGCCCCGACGAUGCCGAGCACCGGCAAGACGCGGGGCAAGGAGACCUUCGAGCACCUCCGGGGCAUCCUCUACCCCAACAGCCUCGUCAACGGCAACACGGGCACGCCCGUCUCUUUCCAGGCGGGCAUGGCGCGACUCGCCGAGGCGAACGCCCGUCACGUCGCGAAUCGAGUCAGGGUGAGCGUGAAGGCAACCCCCGCGAGGGUGGGCUCGUGCGAAGCCGCCGCCGCCGUCGCCGACGUUGCCAUCGCGCGCUGGCACCUCGAGCGCGCCGCGCCGGGAGGCGACGAGGACGGCGCGCUCCAGGACGUCAUCGACAAGUCCCUCGCCAAGGAUGCCAUCUGCAACAUCGACGACCUGCUCGACCACGCCGAGUGAGAAUAUUCCAUUUUUCGCGCGAGUGAGUGUACUACGUGUAAAGAAAGCAAAGCCAGCCGGAG